UGGCAGGCAAUAGAAUUUGAUUUCGAGCUGCGCUAGUGCUAGUAAAGAUGCCGGCAACAUUUAAAUUGCUAUUCAAACACAAUAUAAAUAUCGAAUUGGCGCUAUGGCGACGCACAGCAUUCGAAGCAAUAAUAGUGCUAAUAAUACUAUUUGCCAUAUUGGCCGAUCCCUUGUCGCGUGUCAAGUUGUUGCUCUACAGUCGCACGGAUUUCGAAACGGACAAGUCGCUGGUAUCGAAUAAAUUGGAAGACAUAAGCAUACUAACGAGUCUGGUUGACUCGAAGCGUGAGCAAACCAAAUAUCAAUUAGCGUAUACGCCCGAUACGCCCAUGGUCGCCGGCAUAGUGGAAACUGUAGCACGCAUUUUGGAAUUGAAUGGCACAACGCCGUUUAAGACUGAAGAGGAUUUGCAAAAUCAAUUCGAUGAUCGCACCACACUUGCUGGUGUUGUUUUCGAGAAACUCAAUGAGCAUCCCAAUGAAAUACCCGAAACUCUUUCCAUAUCCAUACGUUUUCCCAGCGAAUUUCGCACUAUUAAUCCAUUUCAAACUGAGGAUCGUCUAUGGCUAACACGCUGCUCGGGCAUGGUUAAUCCCAAGCGUGACAAUGCCAAGGAUCCCGAUAUGCUGCAGGAUCUGUAUAUACGUGAGGGUUUUCUACAGCUGCAGCAUCAAAUAUUUCUCGCCUGGUACCACAAACUCAUAGCACGCUAUAAGCCACCGAAUCCACAGACCGAUUAUAAUAUUCAGGUACAUAAUAUAAGACUGAGGGUAGCGGGUGGUCGCUGCUCUACACUGGGUAGUUAUAAUAUACCCUCGUUUUUGGUCAACUUUUUGUACUUGCUGCCAUUUUUAAAUAUAGUACGGAACAUUGCUGCACAAUUGAAAGAUAAUGUCAUGGUGCAUCGUUGGCAUUAUGGCUAUAGUUUUACCAAACAAUGGCUAUGUUUAUUUUUGGUUAUAUUUUUGCGUCUGAUGUUCUUGGGUAUCGUAGUGCUGAUCUUAAGCUAUACUUUCUGGUCGUUUGAGGAAAAGAAACUUUCAGUGCUGGUAUUCUUUUUAAUGAUAAUAUUCAUAGUGCUGUUUAGCGUACAGCUGAUAAUAACUGCUAUGGUUAUAGCGAAGCUAUUUAAGGAUCCACUCAACUGUGUGCUGUUUGCCAUAUGCAUUUGGUUAUUCAACUACGCCGUAUUCUGCGUUAUACUCAAGCGCUACUGGGAUAUACAUGGACUAUACGUGUUGUUUAUAUUGAUGGUGUUCUUUAGCAAUCAAAUGCCUUUUAGCAUGGAUCUAUUUCGACGUAUUAUAGACGAGCCACAUGCGCUAACGACGCUUGAUAUAUGUGUGCUUUACAUUUCCGCCGUAGCCUGUACGGCCAUAUAUUUGUUAAUACUAUUCUUGAUGCAAUGGCGUGCGCCGGGACGCUUGUUGAGUCGACGUGUUGCUUACAAACGCAAGCGUAAGUCGCUUAAGAAGCAGCAGUACUUGGUCUAUAUGGGUCAUAUACCCAGCUGGCACAACUUUGAGUUCGGCGACGUGGGCAGCAAGGAGCUGAUGCGAGUGCGUCAUGUCUAUACAACGCAUCGCACAUCGGAGCGUAAGAUACUCAAGAAUCUGUCGCUGCGCGUUUAUAUGGGCGAGGUCUAUGUGCUGCUGGGACACAUUGGCUCCGGCAAGUUAACACUGCUGCGUCUAAUGUGUGGCUUCAAGUAUCCGCUGCGUGGCUCGGUGCAUCAUUUGGGCGAGGAUGUGCAUCAUAUGCGUCGCUGUCAUUACUGCGACUUUCGCAGCAUUGAGAACGGCCUGUCGCCAUUUCUGAGCAUAGAGCAAACAAUUGUGUUUCAUGUGCAGCUCAAGUGGCGCGAUGCUGCACAACUGGAGCACGUGCAAUCGGAAAUAGCCAAGUGGCUGCAGCUGCUGGAGCUGCAUGUGGCCAAGCGAAAAACCAAAUUAAAUAAGCUCACUCCGGGUCAGCGGCGUAUUGUGGCGCUCUGUUGCACGCUGGCAUGCCAUACGCCCAUUUUGCUCUUCGAGGAGCCCACAUUGCUGCUGACGGCUAGCGAGUCGCAAAUCUUCUGGAGCAUUGUAGAGGAUGAGAAGGCAGAACGUGCAUUUGUCGUUACUACGCAUAAUAUUGAUGAGGCCGAAGCUAUUGCCGAUCGCAUUGGCAUUUUAAGUUUGGGCGUGCUGGAGGCCAGCGGCACGCCUUUCUUUCUACGCGCCAAAUUCAGCAGCAGCGUGGAGCUGGUGCUCAUAAAGAAGCCGCAUGUGCCCGAUACGCCCAUAACCAAUUUUAUUGAGCAGUAUAUACCCGACGUAAUGCCGGAGAAUGAAAUUGGCGACACUUUGACGUACAAACUAAAAGUCGAGUAUCGUCCACGUUUGCAGAAGCUGUUAAUACAUCUGGAGAACGAAAGCAGAAUGCUGGGCAUUGACCAUAUACGUGUCGUAGGCUCGGAAUUGUCCGACGUAUACAUGAAGCUUGUAACCUCAUUUCGUUUGCAGCAGCAAGUUAUACCCGAUGUCACGCAAACCUUCAAAUAUGCGGUGAUUUCGAAGAAGCAACUGCGUCGCCAGCAAAUGCGCGCCAUGUUUUAUAAAAAGAUGAUACAUUCCGCACCCAAUAUAUGGCCUGUAAUCAUGAUCUUCACUUGCUUCAUAUUGAUUGUGAUCAUUGCACGUUUGGCCAUUGUACUGGAUGUGCCAAAUGUGCGCAAGAAUACCAUCGAAUUGGGUUUUAAAUCAUCGCCGGAGUAUAUGAAGAAUAUACCCGAUAUUACCGAAUGCGGUUAUAUUGGUAUCAAGUCUAUGGGUAAGACGGCAUCAUAUAAGCGUACCAAUACCAUAACACGCACAUUUCGUGCCAAUUCAUUUGUGUGUGCGUCGGGCAAUUAUAGAGAUGAUCUGACGAAGCUGGAGGAGCUCACAAGCUUGGGCGCUGUCGAGCGUCUGGAAAAGCAAAUCAUUAAUGGCUAUAUAAGUACGGAUACGUUUCAUACAGCGCCCAUGAUGCUUAAUUUAUUGCAUAAUAUUAUACUACAAUUAACUUAUUCCGAUCAGACGAAACAUAGAUUUCUGGUUGACAGUCAUCCCAUGCCUACAGCGCUUUCAAUGAAGAUCAGUCUGCUGGAUAAUGAAAUAGCGCAUAUUAAUGCUCCUUUGGCUGUGGGCUGCAUCUUACCCUUAACUGUUUCGGUUUUCAUAUUGCCGCUGGUGGAGGAGCACUUCACUCAUCUGCGCAUACUGCAAAUAAUUGCUGGGCUGGGUCUGGAGGUCUAUUGGGGCAUUAAUCUGUUCUGGGAUCUGUUUACCUAUUUCGUUUACUCCAUUAUUAUUGUCAUUAUUAUGGCCUGCACCAAAAUGGGCGGCUUUGGUGUCUAUGAGAAUAUGCUUGUGCUGCUGCUUAUGACUGUCUUUGGUCUCGCCGCUCUGCCCAUCACCUAUCUCAUCUCCAUGUAUGUGAACACAUCCAUAGUGCGCGCCUUUUUGGCUUCGGUGCUGUUUCAUGCCAUCACCGGUCUGGUGCUCUUCAUCAUCUACUGGGAUGUGGCCAAUAGCAAUCUGAUAUUCUUCUAUAGCGCCUGCAUGUUGCCCGGCUUUGCGCUGCUCGACGGCAUUGGUAACAUCUAUAUUCAGUGCCUGGAGAUCCAACUCUGUCAGGCCAAGUGCAAUGUCGUCGAACACUGUCGUCCCAACAAUAUGCAUGAGGUGGUGCCCCAUUGCAAGUUUAGCACUCUUUUUAAAUGGGCUGAUCCUGGUAUAUUACCUGCUUUAACAUUUAUGCUGCUUGGCGCACUAUUUGCUCUGGUCUUAAUAUUCUGGAUUGAGCUGCAUCGCAAGGAGAAAAAAUUUCAUUCCUCCAAAGAUCUUCAUAAAAUGCGCACUGCUACUUACCAGUUCGACGAUGGCGACGUGGCGGAUGUUAAGCAAAAAAUUGCCGAGGCGGACAUGAGCAAAUGCAAGCAGUCGGUAUUUCUAGUGGAUCAGGUGGAGGCGAAAAUACCCAAAAAGGGCACCAAGAUAAAUACGGUGUCCUUUGCGCUGAACAAAUACAUGAGCAUGGGCAUCUUUGGACCGCGCAACUCGGGCAAGAGUCAUUUGAUACGGCAGCUGGUGGGCAUAGAUGGCUUUGCCUUUGGCGAAAUAUAUGUGCGUGGACUGGAUUUCAAGUACGAUCUGAAAACGAUACUCGGCUAUAUGGGCUACUGUCCGCAGCAUGAUGGACUGCUGAAUGAACUAACGCCACGUGAGCAUAUACGACUGCUUUGCAUGAUACGUGGAGUGACGGAGAAUAAGAUUGGCGAGAAGCUGCGUGACAUUUGCCUGAUGCUCAACAUGACGGGCUGGAUGCAUCGCAAGUGUGGCGUAUUGACGGCGGAGAAGCGACGCAAGCUCAACAUAGCGCUCUCACUGGUGGCCUACAAUAAGAUUUUUGUAAUUGAUGAGCCCACCAGCGGCAUGCCGUCGACCACACGUCGCGAGAUUUGGAACAUAUUACGCUAUCUACGCUACUGCGGCAAGACCAUUAUAUUCUCAAGCAACGAUGAGCUGGAGUGCAAGGUGCUGGCGGAUUUUAUUAUAUUAUUUCAGGAUAGCGAAAUGCUUUCUAUAGGCAGCAUGCAGUAUUUGCGCUAUAAGUACAGUCAUGGCUUCUAUUUGGAGUUGCGCCUGGUGCGCGAUGGCGAAACAGUGGCAGAGUCGGAAGCCAACUUGGCCAAGGAUGUCAACAAUCUGGAGCAUUUCGUCAAGUUUCUUCAUGUAAAAGCUGAAUUGGUCGCUCGUUUGCAUAAUUGGUUCAAGUAUUAUGUGCCAGUGGGUCAUAUUGUCUAUUCGUAUUUGUAUGGUGCCAUAGAAAAGAAUAAGGUGCGCCUAAAUGUCUAUGAUUAUUGCAUAUAUCAGGCCAACAUGAAUAUUGUCUUAGCCCAGGUACAAGAGACGCGUGCCGAGCUUAAGCGUCGCCAUGUGAUGACACUUGCGCGAACUGAAUCACAAGAACAACAUAGUAAUCAAACUGAAUCUACCAUUGAAUAACAAUUGUAUUUAGUUGUUGUAUUAGCUGAUAACACAAGUAUUUAUUAUUAAAUUA